GGAAGAAGUUACCUCAUCAUGGACCAUAAACUGGAUUUGUCUCGUCUGACCGACGAAGAAGCGAAACAUGUCUGGGAGGUGAUUCAACGUGACUUUAACCUGCGGAAGAACGAGGAAGAUCGACUAGGGACCUGAAGUGGGCGACCAACAUCGCCGUCCUCAAAAAGGCCCAGCAGAUGAUGUACUUCCUGCGGCUUCUGAGAAAGCAUGGCCUUCCACAGGAGCUGCUGAGGCAGUUCUACACAGCGGUCAUCAAAUCAGUACUGUGUUCUUCCAUCACAGUCUGGUUUGGUGCUGCUACAAAAAAGGACAAACUCCGACUGCAACGGACAAUCAAAACUGCUGAAAGGAUUGUCGGUACCCCCCUACCCACCCUUGAGGACUUGCACGCUGCCAGAACUAAGACAAGAGCGUGCAAAAUCCUCUGGGACCCUCCACAUCACGGUCACCAGCUCUUCCAGCUCCUUCCCUCAGAAAAUUGAAGGACUCCAUCCAGAAGGAAGACACCAAGCGUGAGCUGCUGGGCUCAUCGAACAACUUGGCCGACUCGUUGUGUAUCCGCUGCCUGCAGCCCUUUAAGUUCCUGGUGAACAGCAAGCGGCAGUGCCUGGACUGCCGCAUGUUUAUCUGCAAGUCAUGCAGCCGCUACAACAAGAAGGAGCACGGCUGGGUGUGUGACAACUGCCGCAUGACCAGGGUUCUGAAGAUCGGCACCCUGGGGUGGUACCAUGACAACAUCCGCAACCGUUUUAAGCGCUUCGGCAGUGCCAAAGUGAUGAGGUCACUAUACAAGAGGUUGAAUGGAGACGGUGGCCGAGAUGAUGACACUCAGAGCAUGCCCGAUGUCCGCAACAACCACUACAACACUAACGAUGAGGAUCAAGGAGAAAUUGAGGCACAGCGAUACAAAUCGAUGCGUAAAAAUAAACGCCUGCUGUCAGUUCAUCCAUUUGACUUUGACUCAGAGGACAAUUUCACCUAUUCAAGGCGCCCAUCAGUGCAGCAAAUUCAGGAGGAUCGAGCAUACAAGAAUGAUGGAGAAUACGAAUCCCUGCAGCGAAUGAAUCGCAGGAGAAGUCUGGAUCGUUACGCGAUGAGAACUGAUGAUUAUGGUGAGAAUCGUAUGGUUCGGACUCGAUCUUUGUCCAAGAUCAGCUCGAUGGCUCGUCAGCAGUACAUCGACACAUCUGAUGAGGAAGAGUGUCAGAAGUUUCCUCCAAUGUAUCAGCCACCCCACCACCGCCGCCGCAACAGCCGGGCCUCAUCUCAGGAGAACCUGGGCCAAACCCCUCCAAUAAAUGAGUUGAACAAACGCAUGUCUGCCAUCGAGGGUCUGCUGAAUCGUUUGGAGGAGAAGAUGUCACCUGCCGAUAAGGCGUCUGGGUCAUCAGGACAGAACGAGGAAGAGAAGUUGAUGAAGAAGUUGACCGAGCUCGCAGGGAACCUAGGCAACAAACGCUUGUCAUCAGAUGACGAGGCGGACAAGAAGACCUUUUCGGGAGGAAAAAGUAUCGGUGGCAGCAGGGCAGUGGCCACCCUGGACUCUAUGAAGGAUCUGAGCUCAUCCAGCGAUGACGUCCCAAGUGAAGCACAGAAGAGAUCGACCGCCGCCGCCCUCUGUGACCUCACCACUGAGGCCCUGAGAACCAUUAAUGCUACAGAAAAUGCGAUGAUUGAGUUCGGCCUGUCAGAGCCGGUCGACAGAACCCACAUGUUAGGGACUGAUGCUAAACAAGCCGAUGAGGCGUUCAGGCAACUUGAGGAAAAUGUGUACAUCGCCACCGGGCAGUCGUACGAACUGGAAACGAAGCUGCGGCGACUCGAGCAAAGUGCCAAAAAUCGCUUCGGAGGGACAACAGAUUCCGAGCUUUCCGAGCUGGAAGACGUGGUGGCGCUGACUGCUGCCAGGAUGCAAAGUGCUGAAAGCGAAGUAUCUGAUAUCGAAAGUAAGAUUGCAGCUCUGAGAGCCGCAGGAUCCAAGAAGAAGGUUUCUGGAUCACAGAGGAAAAAGUCUAGUCAAGAGCAAAUUGCCAAAUCUGAAAGAAAUGGAGCUGCAAGGAAAUCCAACAUCUCUUGAACCAGGAAGUUUCUUCUGCUCAGUUAGGGCUCAAAGGUUUUAAAGCCUUUUUUUCCUCUCCUUGGUCUUUUCAAGGAACUCAUUGAAAUGAAAUGAUAAAAAUAUAAAUGUUUAGCAUAUCCAGUAUUUGCAACAUUUAGAACCUUUAAAUUGUUCAGAUUAUAAUAUGUUCCAGAAUCAAAACUAUAAGAUGAUUUAAAAAUGUAAACACUUGCAGAGAUUUAUUGAAAUGGGACUAUGACUGUUGUUGAUAUGGCUGUUGUUGUGCCCAUUGUUCUCUCGAAACCUUUAAUCCUAUUUUGUCUCGAUAUGCACCGUCUGUCCUUCUACUCUGUCUGUGCAUUUCAAUCUCUGUUGUAAAUUAGGGCUAUAAAAAUAAAAUUGACUUAAAAAGUGUUACAUAUUGAUAUUUAUCUGUUUUCUACCUUGUUAAAUUGUUGUUGAAAUCAUUAACACAAUCUAUGUCUUCACAUAUCAUGAAUUAUUAAUAAUAUGAUUAAAAGUAUUUUGAGCAAAUUUGUUAUUUCAGAAGUGUGUAUCACUGGUAGCACUGUGGAUUAAUCAGUACCUAAGAAGUAGAUCUUAGUUUCAAAAAGGUUGGUGACC